CGGUCACAAGAUUGAUCUCUGAUUCACAUCAAUGAAGCAGGAUAAAUCUUUUGUUUGGCAGUAAACAUCUUCAGUUAUUUUAUGUUUGGAACAUUGCUGGUAAUGUCAACAUCUCCUUUCUUUGAACUGAGAGUAUAAUUCAUCCAUCUGAGAAUAAAGUGAGAGACAAUGUUAAUAACUCAACUGAAACUUGCUAUUUCAGGACUAAGAGGAAGCUGAAACACUUAAGUUGAGCAUUAAUCGUAGGUCCUUUUACAAGGUGAGAGAGAAGGUGACUUGUUCUCUCAAGGAAAAUAGAAGAUGACGGAAUGUGGACAAAGUUCAAUGUAAAGCAAGGAGAGAUUUUCUCCUUAGUGCUUCUACUUUUAAACUUUUUCCAUAAACACCCUGAACGCGUUCUGGACAUGUGCCAACCUUGAAUAUCUAACUUCUUUACUAACAACGUCACAAACCAUCUACGUUCUGUAAUUUCAGUCCCUACCAGUGCAGGUCUGAGUCACAGUGACUUUGUGAAAGGGCUGACCAUUGGCCACCUGUUGAUGUUUAGGUCCAAACUCCUCCCUUCAGAAUAUAACUGUCCACCACACAUUAACUAUCAAUUGUUCACUAUCCAACAAACUCAAGCAGAGCAAAGAUACUUUUUUCCAAAAAGUUUUUUAAGCCAUUAAUUAUUUUCUGCCCGUGCCACCUGAAUUAACGUUCCAGGUGGUGUGAAGGAGUCGUCUUUGCAGCAUGAGCGGCAUGUAUCAGGAGAUUAUGGCUUUUGUUUUAACUAUAUCGGGCUGGAUACUGGAGUCUUCCACCGUGUCGAUGGACUUCUGGAAGGUCUCCUCAGACGAUGGAUCUGUCAUUACCACAUCUACUUUCUGGGCCAAUCUGUGGAAGCACUGUGUGACCGAUUCGACAGGGAUCUCCAGUUGCAGAGAUUUUCCAUCAAUGUUGGCUCUGGAUGGUUACAUUCAGGCUUGCAGGGGAUUGAUGAUUGCAGCCAUCUGCUUGGGUUUGUUCGGUUCUGUGCUUGCCCUCGUAGGAAUGAAAUGCACCAAAGUUGGAGGAAGUGACGAGAAUAAAGCCAGGAUCACCUGCUUUGCUGGUGUAGACUUUAUUCUUUGUGGCAUCUGCUCACUUUCUGCCUGUUCUCUCUAUGCACACCGGAUAACAACUGAGUUUUUUGACCCAAUGUUUAUGUCUCAGAAGUAUGAGCUGGGAGCUGCUCUCUUCAUCGGCUGGGCCGGUGGUAUCCUCUGCAUUCUGGGGGGCAGUGUCUUCUGCCUCUCAGUUGCAGAUUCUUUUUCAAGAAGCCACAGUCAGGCGAACUAUAUCUACAGAGGCGCUGCCUCACAUUCGCACAUCACCGCUUACACCAGAGGGCAGACGAAGCCUGUAAAGGAAGGGCAUGCUGCAGAUAACAGCAGCUCCUCCAGGGUGCAGCACUUUGAUAAAAAUGCAUAUGUGUAAGCGAGUUGAAUCCAAAUCUUUUAAACCUAAAGUCCUUGGUGGACUUUUAGGAGUUUUAUCUUCCGCAUAUGAGAAGUGACAGCAGCAGCGGUGGGCUCAGUCCAAUAGCAGCGGAGGUCACUGAAACAGAUUUGUGGCUCACCUGCAUUUCGGUUUUAAAUUUUUGAUUUUUUUUUUCUUCAAGGCAAAGUACUUAAAAUGUUUUCAAACAUGGUUUACUCAAUCUUUUCUUGUUUUUAUGCCCUUUUAUAUGUUCUGAAUAUAAAAACAUGAAAAGCUUAGACCAAAAAUGAGAUUGUUUGAUCAAAUAUGGUCAUAAUUCUCUGUGUAUUUCUAUGAAACUUUAGAAUUUUUGUUACUUUUAUUUGCAUUUUGGUUUAGUUGCUUGUACCUGUAACAGUAUCAAAGCCAUAAUGACAAAUUUAGAAACUGUAACAUUUGAUACAUUUGAACAGUCAUUGUGCAUUUUUAUUUGUUUAUAUCAAAAUAGCUAAAAAAUAUUGAGAUCUGAUUUUGUUCUAGUAGUUUUUCCUAAAGACAUUUCAACCCUUCUUCAUUGAUUUUUUACAAUCUCUGCAAAUAGAAACAUUAAUACUACAGUCAUUAAAUCUUGGACUUGCGUGAUGGAGCAGUUGUCAGCACUAGUGCCUUGAAAUAAAAAAGGUCAAGGGUUCAAAUCCUGCAUCAUGGGCUUUUCAACAUGGAGUUUGUAUGUUUUUCCCUUGCAUGUGAGGAUUCUUCAUGAGUAUUGUGAGUUCCCUGUCCAGACCAAAAACAUGGUAGGUUAUGUAGCUACUUCAAAUUUCCUGUAUAUAAGUAGGGAUAGAAAAUUACACAAAGUAUUUUAAGUUGACUCCAUCACAGACAGUACAACACUUGGAAGUGGUGAUUAGUGAGGUGGCAGUCUUUUUUUUCCUUUGGUUAAACAAUAUAGCACCUUGAUGAUGUAGUAAUUCUGGCUGUUUAUUUGCCCUUCUAAAAUUUUGUAACCCGUCUAAGCAAUAGUAAAUAUGGUUACUUUACAAUUUACAAAAUCUCUUUACAAUUUUAAUGUCUUAAAUGCCUUGAGUGGAGAGAAACACAUUGAUGCUGGCAUGUAUUCCAAAUAGCAGUUAGCGACACACAGUAAUUGAUUGGUAGACUUUUCAUAAAAUAGCUUAAGAAAUCAGAUUUUUAAUAAGCACUGACCGAAAAUUGUUGUCAAGUGUGGCAUUGUCAAAGAGGAUAGAAAUAAAAAAAUAACACAAAACUGU